GAACACGCCUAAAAGCCGGAAGCUGGUGAGACAAGUGAGGAAACCCGGAUCGGCGCGUCUAGCCGCCGCGGCUGCGUGUGCGCAGGAGGCGUCGCUGGCGCAGACUCCGCCGACUCCGGCGGUCUCCGCUGCGCAGACGGGCGCGGGCCCAGGCCCGCACGGUCCCCGUCCGGGUGCGGGAUGGCGGCCAGCCUGUGGAUGGGAGACCUGGAACCAUACAUGGAUGAGAACUUCAUCUCUAGAGCCUUUGCCACCAUGGGGGAGACCGUGAUGAGCGUCAAAAUUAUCCGAAACCGCCUCACCGGAAUCCCAGCUGGCUACUGCUUUGUGGAGUUUGCAGAUUUGGCCACAGCUGAGAAGUGUUUGCAUAAAAUUAAUGGGAAGCCCCUGCCAGGAGCCACACCUGCAAAACGUUUUAAACUGAAUUAUGCCACUUACGGGAAACAACCAGACAAUAGCCCUGAGUACUCCCUCUUUGUCGGGGACCUGACCCCAGACGUGGAUGAUGGCAUGCUGUAUGAGUUCUUUGUCAAAGUCUACCCCUCCUGUCGGGGAGGCAAGGUGGUUUUGGACCAGACAGGCGUGUCUAAGGGCUAUGGUUUUGUGAAAUUCACAGAUGAAUUGGAACAGAAGCGAGCCUUGACGGAGUGCCAGGGAGCAGUGGGACUGGGGUCUAAACCUGUGCGGCUGAGUGUGGCCAUCCCUAAAGCGAGCCGUGUAAAGCCAGUUGAGUACAGCCAGAUGUACAGUUACAGCUACAACCAGUAUUACCAGCAGUACCAGAACUACUAUGCCCAGUGGGGCUAAGACCAGAACACAGGCAGCUACAGCUACAGCUACCCACAGUAUGGCUACACACAGAGCACCAUGCAGACAUAUGAAGAGGUUGGGGAUGAUGCCCUGGAAGACCCAGCGCCACAGCUGGAUGUGACUGAGGCCAACAAGGAGUUCAUGGAACAAAGUGAGGAACUGUAUGAUGCACUGAUGGACUGUCACUGGCAGCCCCUGGACACUGUGUCUUCAGAGAUCCCUGCCGUGUUGUAGCCAGGACACAAGGAUCUGGGCUCUUUUUUUUUUUUUCUUUUUUGUGAAGCUUUUUGAAAAUGGUUUACAAGAUUUUAAUAAUUUACUCUUUUCUGACAUUGUGAGCCACUUCUCUACUUGUUAUUUGUUAUUAAGCUGUAGUGAAAGACGUAGAAGGGAAUUGUUCUAACAGGAGCUUGGUAGACCACGUGACAUUUUUAAAACCCUUAGCUGGAGUACUAGAGAGAAGUGGCUUAGUGGCCAAGAGCACUGUUCUCCCAGAGGACCAAGUUGUUUCCAAGUCAGGCAGCUCUGCUACCCUGCAUGAGACUCCAACUGCAAAGAACCCGAACAUCCACUUCUGUAGAUACCCAAACUCAUUAUGGCACAGGCUUGAUGCUUCUGAUUGCCUAUCAGUUUUCCUACUAAAACAGGUAAUUGUAUUGCAAACCUGCAGUCUCAACCAUGAAUUGGCAGAAUCAAGACUAAAACCAGCUAGGUAGUCCAGCACAGGUUAAAACCUCGUUUUAGAGGCUUUUCUAAUUCUGGGAUGUUUGUAAACAUCUUUUUUAGAUUGUGUUUCUCUGUACUGUAUGUCAUGGCACCUUGACAGUAAGUUAAGCCCAAGGCAGUCUUUUAUUGGGACUUUUGCAGUCCCCAUCACUAGCAACCAUGGUACUACUCAGAGCAAGACAAGGGCUUUUUCCUUUUGCUGUUUCACCUGGCUUCUAGAGAGCUGGAGCACAACUGGCAGGGACACAUGCAAAUAAACCUCCAGUCUCAGAAACUGUCCAAGAGAACUGAAAAUCUCAGUUGCUGUCCUGGGCUCAGUGGGCAACAUCAUUCACUUUCAGACACUGAAUUUUGUUUAAUCAUUUUAAAUUACAGAGAAAAUACUUUCAAAGGUCUUUAUUGACUCAAUUACAAGUUAAAUCCCAAAGCAUUUCACUUCUUUUUCCAAAACAGUUUCUUUGUAGCCUUUACUGUCAGUGUGGGCUUCUGCUUGCUUCCAGGGAAGUCCUCUUCUUUUUUU